AAUUGCCAAGUGCCAACAGCUGAAAAGCCCAGAGGUUUUAUCUUCAACUGAAAAAUACCCAAUUGCUUGCAUUUUAGCAACCAAUAUCUUCUCUUUCUCUCUCCUCUCCUUAACACAGAGUGACCACUGAUUCUGAAGAAGCUCCAACAAUGGCGAUGCCAGUAGUUAACACAGAGUACCUUAAAGAAAUCGACAAAGCUCGUCGCGAUCUUCGCGCACUCAUCUCUAAUCGCAAUUGCGCUCCUAUUAUGCUCCGCCUCGCGUGGCAUGAUGCAGGGACGUAUUGCGCCAAGACCAAGACUGGUGGUCCGAAUGCUUCCAUUCGGAAUGAUGAAGAGUGCGCUCAUGGUGCUAAUAAUGGUUUGAAGAAAGCUAUUGAUUGGUGUGAGGAGGUGAAGUCUAAACACCCAAAAAUUACUUAUGCAGACCUCUAUCAGCUUGCUGGCGUUGUUGCAGUCGAGGUCACCGGAGGACCUACUGUUGACUUUGUUCCUGGUAGAAAGGACUCAAAUGUGUGUCCCAAAGAAGGACGACUUCCAGAUGCCAAACAAGGUGCACCACAUUUGAGGGACAUAUUCUAUAGGAUGGGUCUCACUGACAAAGACAUUGUGGCCCUGUCCGGGGGUCAUACCCUGGGAAGGGCACAUCCAGAGAGGUCAGGCUUUGAUGGCCCAUGGACCCAGGAUCCGCUCAAGUUUGAUAACUCCUAUUUUCUGGAGCUAUUAAAAGGAGAAUCAGAAGGACUGUUGCAACUUCCUACUGAUAAAACUUUGGUGGAGGAUCCUGCAUUUCGCCCUUUUGUGGAUCUGUAUGCUAAGGAUGAGGAGGCCUUCUUCCGGGACUAUGCUGCCUCACACAAGAAACUUUCAGAACUAGGAUUUACUCCUAGUAUUGGGGCCAAGUCUCCCAAGGACAGCACUGUAUUGGCCCAGAGUGCUGUUGGAGUUGCAGUUGCUGCAGCAGUAGUCAUUCUGAGCUACAUCUAUGAAGCUCGUAAGCGUGUGUAGAAGAGAGAUUAUACAAGUAAACACCAUUCAUAUCCAUUACAUAUAGUCUGUAUGAAUUAGUUACAUCAUGUAUUCCAAGUUUAUUGCUUAUACUGUUUUUCACAGCUAGCCAUCUAGGUAUAUAUACAACCUUACCAGCUAAUGUUAUUUCUACCUUAAAUGAUGAACUGUUAGAUUUUACAAUAAGAGUAAAAUAAGUUUGCUUUGGGGCUCCUGUACUA